AUGCAUCUAUCCCAGUCUGCACAUAUCUAUUUAUCUAUUGAUAGAUCUCAGUCUGUUGAUAUCUAUCUAUCUAUCUAUCUAUCUAUCUAUCUAUCUAUCUAUCUAUCUAUCUAUCUAUCUCACUCUAUUUAUAUCUAUUUAUCUAUCUGUUUCAUCUGUUCAUAUCUAUCUAUCUAUCUAUCUAUCUAUCUAUCUAUCUAUCUAUCUAUCUAUCACGCCACUUUCUCUCACUCCAUCUUAUUUUCCUUUACUUCCUUUUUUUCUUUCUCUAAUUCUUCCUCUUCUUUCAUUUUUCAUUCUCUGUAUUUUUCUUCACGGAACUUCUUUCAUUUUCCGUUUUCUUUCUUUCUUUCUUUCUUUCUUUCUUUCUUUCUUUCUUUCUUUCUUUCUUUCGUCACAGAACUAAUUUCACUCCUAUCUUCCUCUUACUUUUUCUUAUCAUUUUCUUCCGCCUCUUUCUUCUUGUUCAUUGUGUUCUACUACCCCACCACCACCACUUUUCAUCCUCCUCUUCUUAAAUCGACUUUUUCAACUGUUUAUUGA